GCUCGGUGGUUUAAAGAUGGCGGCGGCGGCGGCGGCGGCGUUGGGGGCGCGGAGCGGCGGGAGGGGGAGGGAAAAGGAGGCUCUGUGAGUCGCCGAGAGGCAGCGCGGCGGCCGCCGUGAGGAGUGCCGGUGCGGAGCCGCGGGCGGCGCGGCCGGUCAGGGCCGGGGCCUGGACUGGGAAGGGGAAGCCGGAGCAGCGCCAGGAGCCCGAAGCCGGAGCAGAGGAGGAAUGUGACCAGGGAUCGGCGUGGGCGCGGGAGUACGCGAGCGCAGGGAUGGGGCAGCAGGUGGGCCGCGUCGGGGAGGCUCCGGGGCUUCAGCAGGCGCAGCCCCGCGGGAUCCGGGGCAGCAGCGCCGCCAGGCCCUCCGGCCGCAGGCGGGACCUGGUGGGGCGCACCACCGAGGCCGGCUUCAAUAUCUUCACCCAGCAUGAAGCCUUGCACCGCCCCUACGGUUGUGAGGUUGAACCCCAGGCACUGAACGAAGCCAUCAGGUGGAGCUCCAAGGAGAACUUGCUGGGAGCCACUGAGAGCGAUCCCAAUCUCUUUGUUGCACUUUAUGAUUUUGUAGCAAGUGGUGAUAACACGCUCAGCAUCACUAAAGGUGAAAAGCUGCGAGUCCUGGGUUACAACCAGAAUGGGGAGUGGAGUGAAGUUCGCUCUAAGAACGGCCAGGGCUGGGUGCCCAGCAACUACAUCACCCCCGUGAACAGUCUGGAGAAACACUCCUGGUACCAUGGACCUGUGUCCCGCAGCGCGGCCGAGUAUCUGCUCAGCAGUUUAAUCAACGGCAGUUUCCUGGUGCGAGAAAGUGAGAGCAGCCCUGGGCAGCUCUCCAUCUCGCUCAGGUACGAGGGGCGUGUGUAUCACUACAGGAUCAAUACCACCGCCGAUGGCAAGGUGUAUGUAACUGCCGAGAGUCGCUUUAGCACCUUGGCAGAGCUGGUUCACCAUCACUCCACGGUGGCUGAUGGGCUGGUGACCACGUUACAUUACCCUGCACCCAAGUGUAACAAGCCUACAGUUUACGGUGUGUCCCCCAUCCAUGACAAAUGGGAAAUGGAACGGACAGAUAUUACCAUGAAGCACAAGCUCGGGGGUGGUCAGUAUGGAGAGGUCUACGUUGGCGUCUGGAAGAAAUACAGCCUGACGGUCGCUGUGAAAACGUUGAAGGAAGAUACCAUGGAGGUGGAGGAGUUCCUGAAGGAAGCGGCAGUGAUGAAGGAAAUCAAGCACCCUAAUCUGGUGCAGCUGUUAGGUGUGUGUACUUUGGAGCCACCAUUUUACAUCGUGACUGAAUACAUGCCCUAUGGGAACUUGCUGGAUUAUCUCCGAGAAUGCAACCGAGAAGAGGUGACUGCAGUCGUACUGCUUUACAUGGCCACUCAGAUCUCCUCUGCCAUGGAGUAUUUAGAGAAGAAGAACUUCAUCCACAGAGAUCUUGCAGCUCGUAACUGCCUCGUGGGAGAAAACCAUGUGGUGAAAGUGGCUGACUUUGGCUUGAGUAGACUGAUGACUGGAGACACCUAUACCGCUCAUGCCGGAGCCAAGUUUCCUAUUAAAUGGACAGCGCCCGAGAGUCUUGCCUACAACACCUUCUCCAUUAAAUCUGACGUCUGGGCUUUUGGAGUACUGUUGUGGGAAAUUGCUACAUAUGGAAUGUCGCCAUACCCAGGUAUUGACCUGUCUCAGGUAUACGAUCUACUGGAAAAAGGAUAUCGAAUGGAACAGCCUGAAGGAUGUCCCCCUAAGGUUUAUGAGCUCAUGAGAGCAUGCUGGAAGUGGAGCCCUGCCGACAGGCCCUCCUUUGCUGAAACACAUCAGGCUUUUGAGACCAUGUUCCAUGACUCCAGCAUCUCUGAAGAGGUAGCAGAGGAGCUUGGGAGAGCCGCCUCCUCCUCAUCCGUUGUUCCUUACCUGCCCCGGUUACCUAUACUCCCUUCCAAGACCCGGACGCUGAAGAAACAGGUGGAGAACAAGGAGAAUAUCGAAGGCACUCAAGACGCCAUCGAAAACUCUGCUUCCAGCUCUGCACCAGGGUUCAUUAGAAGUGCACAGGCCCCCACUGGGUCCCCAGCACUGCCUCGGAAGCAAAGAGACAAGUCACCCAGUAGCCUCUUGGAAGAUGCCAAAGAGACCUGCUUCACCAGGGAUAGGAAGGGAGGUUUCUUCAGCUCCUUCAUGAAGAAGAGAAAUGCUCCCACACCCCCCAAACGCAGCAGCUCCUUCCGAGAAAUGGAGAAUCAGCCCCACAAGAAAUAUGAACUCACGGGUAACUUCUCGUCCAUUGCGCCUCUCCAGCAUGCCGAGGGGUUCUCUUUCACUCCUGCCCAGCAAGAGGCGAAUCUGGUGCCACCCAAGUGCUAUGGGGGGAGCUUUGCACAGAGGAACCUGUGUAAUGACGACGGUGGUGGGGGUGGGGGCAGUGGCACUGCUGGCGGGGGGUGGUCUGGCAUCACAGGCUUCUUUACACCGCGCUUAAUCAAAAAGACACUGGGCCUACGAGCGGGUAAACCCACAGCCAGUGAUGACACCUCCAAGCCUUUUCCAAGGUCAAACUCUACAUCUUCCAUGUCCUCAGGGCUUCCAGAGCAGGAUAGGAUGGCAAUGACCCUUCCCAGGAACUGCCAGAGGUCCAAGCUCCAGCUGGAAAGGACAGUGUCCACCUCUUCUCAGCCAGAGGAGAAUGUGGACAGGGCCAAUGACACGCUCCCCAAAAAGUCAGAGGAAGGUGCUGCUCCAACCAGGGAGAGACCAAAAGCCAAACUUCUGCCCAGAGGGGCGGCGGCUCUUCCUCUGAGAGCCCCCUCUGGGGAUCCAGCCACCACAGAGAAGGACUCUCCAGGGGUGGGGGUGGCUGCCCCCAAGAACAAGGAGAGGAACGGUGGGGCGCGACUUGGCAUGGCUGGAGUCCCGGAGGACGGCGAGCAGUCAGGCUGGUCUUCUCCAGCCAAGGCUGCGGCCGUCGCCCCUACCACUCACAACCACAAAGUGCCCGUGCUCAUCUCGCCCACUCUGAAGCACACUCCGGCCGACGUGCAGCUCAUUGGCACAGACUCUCAGGGGAAUAAGUUCAAGCUCUUAUCCGAGCAUCAGGUCACAGCCUCUGGAGACAAGGACCGACCCCGACGGGUAAAACCAAAGUGUGCCCCACCCCCGCCACCCGUGAUGAGACUACUGCAGCAUCCGUCCAUCUGCUCAGACCCCACGGAGGAACCGGCCGCCGACACACAGGAAGGGGGGAGAAAGGCAGCUCCAGGGGCAGCGCCCACCAGCGGGAAGGCUGGGAGGCCUGUGAUGCCGGCGCCUCAAGUGCCUCCGCCCGCGUCUUCCGUCUCGCCGGCCAAAAUGGCCAAUGGCACAGCAGGUACGAAAGUGGCUCUGAGAAAAACCAGGCAGGCAGCUGAGAAAAUCUCAGCAGACAGAAUCAGCAAGGAGGCCCUGCUCGAAUGUGCUGACCUGCUGUCCAGCGCGAUCACGGAGCCGGUGCCCAGCAGCCAGCUGGUGGACACUGGGCACCAACUGCUCGACUACUGCUCAGGCUAUGUGGACUGCAUCCCUCACACUCGCAACAAAUUUGCCUUCCGAGAGGCUGUGAGCAAACUGGAACUCAGCCUGCAGGAGCUGCAGGUGUCUUCAGCAGCUGCCGGCAUGCCCGGGGCGAGCCCCGUCCUUCAUAACUUACUGUCAUGUGUGCAGGAGAUUAGUGACGUGGUGCAGAGGUAGCCACUGCCAGCCUCGUGGGCAGGUGCACACGCCUCUGAGGGGAGAGGGGGCGGACUCGUUUUCCUGUGUUCUUGUUUUCAAAAAAUGAAAGACUGAUACUUGAGUGUGUUUAUGUGAAGUACCUCAGAUCUCUGAGAUCUCACGUUUACAGGUUCAUCUCAAAAAUAACAAAGCAAAACUCCUAGGAGAGGGAAAGUAGGUGGGGGGAGGGGCAGCCGUGGACAGGAUUGGAAGCUGCACGGGAACAUCAGGGAACGUGUGUGUCAUGCCGUGAAGAACCAAAUCCAACCCAUCCUCACUUGGAUGACACAAGGCAUGAGACAGGGCUGCCCUCAGCAGUGCCAUGAGGCUGCCCAGACAGCGGGCUGGCUGUGGCCCUCGGGCCAUACAGAAGGGGACUGGCUUAGGGCUCCACCUCCCCUAACGAAUUUGGUGGAACAGAAGAAGGGAAAGCUGGGAAUGUACCAAGAAAAGUUUCGCUCAAGGCUGUUGGAAGCAGCUAUUAGCCUGGCUUCCACAGAUCACUGCUGCAAUGAGAACUGCACGUCCAACUGCCAGAAUUAGCAAGCCGGGACACAUGGCCCCAGCCGUAUGCUCCUGUGCUGUUUCCCACGGGUGUGUUAAUUGUUGCAGGAAGUAAAGAAUGCUGGGAAGUGUAGUCAGGGAGAUUAAAGCCUCCUCCCAAAAUCCUAACAUCAGUCAGCAGAAGUCACUCCUCCCCGUCCAGCGGGACUGGCUUUCUGCUUGUUGGUCCCUGUCUGUGAACCACAGGCAUAGGGGUCUCUUCAGGGGUGCUUCUCUGUCCCUUGUUGGGCAAGUUGUCUUCCUUUAUUCCUGGCAACAUUUGGGGCAUUAACUAACAUGGAUUUUGAAAUUAGUGAUCAUGGACAGGCUCUCCCAGGGGAAUCCUUUUCUGAUACAACGCACCCGCGUUAGUGACAUAUUGGUCAAGGGCAUGAGCAGCUGUGUAUUUCUUUAUCAACUAAAAGAGAAGGGUCUCUUCUUGAAACUCAGUAGCCAGGCCCAGAGGUCUGAGACUGAGGAGCUGCUGGCUUGGUCCUCAUGGCUGUUCCUCUGUACCUUUCUCCUCCCUUGUCACCUUAGACCCAAUCUGGUAGAAAGUAGGGAGAAGCAUUCUCUCUUUCCAGAUUUCAAAUGAAUUGCCCCAAAUUAUUCUCACAUGCUUUUCUCCUCUCUCAUUCCCCCCCCCCCGCCCACACACACCAUUGUGCUUGUUUGUAAAGAUCAUAUUGGGAAUCUUUUCUGAUUUAUUUUAAUAUCGUAUUGUAAGAAUGUAUAAGUGAAGGAACACGUCAUUUCCAGGGAACGUUAGGCCCUGGAAACCUAAUGAGUUUAACCCUCAGAUACGUUUUGCCUUUGAAAAAUAGGCCCUUUCCUUCCCUACUCAUUUAAUAACAAUGGAAGUGAAUUCAGAUCACAGGGAACCGAAUCUAAUUAACCAAUAUUGAUAUUCUCGAUAUCAGGUCUAAUUCCAGUUACCACUUCAUUCUCUUUUUCAAGCUUUAUGACCCCCUUCUCCCAAGGAGAACCCAAUACAAAAAAAUAAAUACAUUAUUUUUUUCCUUCCAAAGGAAUAUUAACUUAGAAAGAUAGGAAUUCAGCAUUGAUGAACAGAAUGAAUUUUCUUCUUGUCUCUGCCAUCCGUCCAGUCAAGCCACAGCCCCAUCUCCUAACCUAGUAAACAAAGGUAACAGUACAUGUUCUCAUGGGUGUUUUACAGAUAUGGGCAUAGCGACCCCUUGGAAAGCCUCCCUUGAAAGCUCUUUAGUGUAGUGUUACAUUGAAUGGUUUUUGUUAUUUUUGUAUCUCUUCUUUGCUCAGUAGCAGAUCAUGAAAUUUAGAACUGCUGAGAUUAUAUUAAUGGGGCUAGAAUACUAAGGGGGUGUGGGGACUAUGUUUUGGACAGAGUUUGGCAUUGUUGACCAAGGAGGAAAUUUAGUUUUCAUCAGAAAGAAAGGAAACACUGUUUCUUAUCAUGGCUGCUCAAAAGGAAGCCCAGGCCAAGAGAGGGAUAAGACACGGGAGACAGUACUGGGCGUUCCUUGCAGGGGUUGGGUGAUGGUCUAUAUGUUACCUGAAGACACAGCACAGGCAACUAGGGGUAUGGUUGGAAGGGAAGAUAGAGCCUCUCUAACUUGGAUUUAAACCAGUAGUCCUCCUCCCAUCUCCCCCUUUGCUUUUCCCCUUCAUCACAUCAUACACUUCCAUAAACUUGAAAUCGUUUUAGCAAUUAGCCUUUUCAGGGUGGGGCAGGGAAAGCUAAAACUUUAGAAUAUUAUUGCUGCUUUUUUAUGUUUAUCCCUGUCGUUGUGGGAUGCAAGUUGAGGGAUUAUAAUUGUUUUUCAGGAGACCGCCCCCCCCCACACACCUCCCCACCAAGCAAGGGAUCUUUCCUAGAGAGCUCUGAAAACAAGCCUCUGAGGAGGCCUCCUGCGUGUACUUGGGCUCCCUGCUCUUCUCACCGGAGCGCAGCCUGGAGGGUGGGGCUGUGUCUUACUCAGGGCGGCACCUGGCCCGGCCUGCCCAUGGUGGGUGCGCAGUCAGGUCAGGCGUGGAAUUGCUUUUCCUCAGCACUGUCAAUCAGAGCGUUAGCACACCCCACCCCCGUGAUGCUUGAACUGUAACUUCAGGAGUGGAGGGCUCAGGGUUCAGGUUAAAGAGGCACUGUCAACUUAUUAUAAAAGUACAAUUUAGGUCUUUCCUCCUUCUACUUGGAAAGAACCAGAUUUUAUACAUAACCUUAUGUAAAUUUAAAAGUUUGAAUUCAAAGCAGAGAAAACUGCUUCUGGAAACUAAAAAUGUAGUUUAAUUUUAUCUUUUAUCUAGUGUAAAAGCAAAGCAGAGAGCAGGAGCAAAAUUCCUUUUCCAAAAUGUUGAAAACUUUCUCAAGUGGGUUUGUACAUAGAUGCACACCUUUGGGCCACCACAGCAUGAAUCCGUUCAUGUACAGAUACUGUGAUGUCAGUUUGGAUUUCUACCUUACAAUGCAGUGUUUGGUGUAGAACACAUCUUCAUUGUGCUUUACAUGAAGUAUUUUCUUAAAAGGCUUUGUGUAAAAUUAAAAUGUGUAUAUUUUCCUACGGACUUCCAUCGUGAUGUUCAGAGAUGCAGCCUUAAAAAAAUUGGCCCUAAGAAAGCCUUUUGGUGUUUUCCCAGAUGACUGCUCUACAUUGAGGCCAUUAAAGUGGAACCUUAUGCCUCGCUGCAUUUUGGGGUUUAAAUUAGAAUUUUCUUAUCAUUCAAUUGCAAGUUGGCUAAUAAAAUAGUGCCCAGUUAAUAAAUCAUGCUGACUCUGCUAAGGCACAGCCCACAUUUAUUUAAAGCCAGUCCCGAAGGCAAGUCAUUCAACCUUCCUGAGCCUUAGUUUCCUCAUUGGAAAACAGGGAUGAUAAUAGUAACUACCUCAGGGUUGUUUAAGGAUUAAAUGAUAAUAUAUGUAAGAUGCUUAGCUGGAGUGCCUGGCAUAUAACGAGCACUCCAUAAACACUAACUUCUAUUAUUAAGAAAUAGUCCAGUGAGUCUUAGCCAGGGAUGUGCAACCAAAUCCCCUGCGGUUUAAAAAAAAAAAAUCUGAUGCAUUGGUCGGAAUUCCCAAUGGGGUGUGGUGUCAGCCUGUGUGUUUUCCACAAAUUCCUCCAGGCGUGUCCGACCCCAGCACUGUCUGUACACUUUUCUUUACAGCUUAACGGAACUGGAAGAGAGGAUGGUUAAGUUACCUGCCUGUUAUCAGAGCAGUUCAUUAGUGGCGGGCGGAGCCAAGGCUGGGGUGUGGGGUCUGUGCCGUCCGCGCAGCCUUGUGAGACACUGCCGAAAAGUGGCUCAGAUGGACAAUCAGUGUGCACAGUCGGCACUAAGCACACGUUCCUGGCACCUGACCUUCAGGGGCUUGAAUGUUGAGGAAUGGCGCACUAGCACAGCAGGCCUUUUAUAGAGUCAGUGAUUUCAAAAUUUAGAGGGAGUCAUUCUUUGGGACAGACCUAGCAGCACAGCAGUCUGCACUUUGUAAUAAAUACCGAGUUAAGUUUUAAAAACCUAGUCCUACAUUCCUUUUUCUUAAAACAAAAACAACUUUCUUGUUCCAUGUCAUUUUAAUGAACAUGAGACAAUGUAUAUAAAAGCACUUUGAGAAAAGUAUCAAAUGUGAUCGAACUACAAGGUUGUAUUAUUCAUGUCUAUUUAGAAGAUAAAACAGUUGAUUCGAUGCUGAUUGACUGACAGGCUUUUACCUGUGGGGGACCUGAAAAUGCGGAUAUAUAAACAGUCACCUAUGUUAAUUUGUGACAUUUAUAAAUAUGAAACUGCUACAUGAGUAUGUGCAAGUAUAGUCAGUGUUUUACUAAAAUUGUAGCUCAGUGCUGAGUAACUUCAGAAAACUAGGGACCAACUUUCUGGUUUAAUCAUUAAAAAGCAGAUGUGGGCACUCACUCCAGCGCAGACAGGCUCUUCCAGGGACCUCAACUCCAGGAGAACGAGGCCCCCUUCGUCCCGAACGUUUGUCCACUCGCUACAUGUUCACCAUUCAGCAUCCUGGAUGCGGUGGGAGCACACGCAUUACCGGUUGGUGUUGACAGUGUCUUUUUUAACCUAUGUCCUGUGUGGAUUGUUUUGGUUUUUUUCCCCUUUUUGUGGGGCGGGGGGGUGGGGGGCAUGGGCAUGUGAGGAGGAGACUGGGUGGCCCUAAAACCAGCGCGAUUGGGGAAUGACUUUAGGAUUUCCUGUCCGUUAUAAAUGAGUUUGACAUUCAUCAUCUGUGUUUUUUUUUUUCUAAGAAGAAUAACUGAACAUAACUCACCCAUUAGCUUAUGAAAUAAAUACCCAAGAGUAAAUUGCAUUGGUGGUCACUUUUGAGUUAUCACUACACGACAUUCUGAGGGCUCCCAUUCUGUUUUUGCUACUGAUACCAAGGUUACGAUCAGGCUGGGCGCCCACAGGGUCCACAUUGGGCUGGCGGGGCUGUCUACCAUUCUUGAGAUGGGGUUUCAUCAUCUUGCGUUGUUAUUCUACUGGAUUUUGGGGUCCAUCUCUGCCCUACGCGUUUGUUAGGACCGGCCCUCUUUAUGUAGGUGGGUGUCUAGACCUAAGUUUCUUCUUGGGUGUUUAUGGACUCCAGCUGUCUCUCUCUCUCUCUCUCUCUGUCUUAGCUUCUGUCAAACCAGUAGUUGAGUUUUUUGGUAAAUGCCUGCUUCAGUUUGGGAUAUGUGGCAGCAGGAGAGAAACGAAAGGGCAGCCCAAGGGCACGCCUGUCCCAGGAGACCCCCCAGGGAAACUGCUGCUAGCCAUAUUCUGCAUGAGAGGGAGGCCUUGGGCCAGUUCUAAAACCAUCCCACUGUGAACAGGCAGGAUUAUUUACAUCCUGGAGUUUCAGUUUUCCAACUACCAGACUUUUAAAAAUCAAUGUAAGGCUUGCUCUUUGGGGCAGGCCAGUAGUGCCAGGAGUAACAAUUACUGUUACCCGCUGUUCCCGCAGGAACUCCCGCCGUUGCCCGGCCUCCUGUAUGACCAGGGGAGCGCGGGUGUGUUUCAGGGCUGUAGAACGGGCUGCUCUCUGCUGCAGCCUGUCGUUUGCGACGUUUACUGCAAUGUCCAAAAAGAUGCGUUUCUGCUCUGGGUCUACUGCUUUCUGUGCCAUGCACCCGAAGUUUAUGUUCCAUCUUGAGACAGCAUGCGUGCAAGAUGGCAUUUCCUUCAUUUCUGACUCCGUGUCCUAGAUCCAAAGGACAGGAAAGGAGGGAAGGCUCCACCCUGUGAUAAUCAGGCAUGUCCCCAGGUGAGGUGGCCUGGGCAACUCAUCGCUCCUGGAGGCUUGUGCCUUCGAACAUGGGCUUCAUGAGUUUUGUCAGCUGGGUCGAUGUUGCACGGUUCUUGAACGAGAACUGAUAGAAAUGAACUUCAUGGGUGGCAGUGGCUCGGAGCCCCUAUUAGUGAGAGCUGGCCCCACUUGAGAAGUCCCCAUGCAGGGUGCUGAUCUGGCAGACGGCUGCACUUUUCUCCAUCUUCUUGGUGAGCUGGGGGAAGGAUGUUCUAAAUGGACCCUUUCCCCCCCUCCAGGUGCACGUACUUCUUUGCUCCUAUGUACAAUUAUAAGUUUGAAAUUGCUUCUCUCGCCUAGAAAGAAUGUAUCCUUUAACCUCCCCAUUGCUGAGGGACCUGAACACAGUAGCAAGGCCCUGUUAACUCCAAGUUGAAUGUCCAGGCCCGACGCUGUCCUCAGACCAGCCUGUACACACCCUCUGUUCUGUGAGGUUCUUAGCUCAUCAUUGUACUGGCCCCAGCAAGUUCCUGGGUUGUACGUGCCACUCCAAGCUACCGCGCUGUGCACAUGGGGCUUGCAGUCUUGGAGCAUUUUGGUUCAUUCUUUUGAACACAGUGGAAGUGAACUGUCAAUUGCUAGCAGGCUUUCAGAAAGGAAAUAACAGAGCUUGUAUGAUUGGAACUUGUUUCGAUUUGCUUUUGAGCCUCAACUGGGAGUUUUAAAUCAUGUAUUUAAGCACCAUAAACCUUAGUUGGAGAAUGGGACUUCUGGUUAAUAAGAUUGUCACGUGUGAGGGUACUUGAUUUCAGCAGUUACAGCACAGUAACACAGGUCUGCCAAACAGACGCGUUCCUGAUUCAGAAGGCACUGUGGGACGCUGAGGCGCUUCAGGGCCUUCCGUGGUGAGGCCCAGAUACCCUUCUGCACAGUUCGGAAAUACCGCCCAUGUGACGUGAGAGGCAGGAAUGCCAAGAGAGAUGUUUCUGGUAGAUUAGCCCGCCUUCCUCCACUUUGGCGAGCCAUUUUCCACUACGCCUGCUGUUCUUGGGACUCCAUCAUGAGAAAUUUCCUGAGAUCUUGAGAAAUCACCUUGAUUAAGCUGAUGGUCCUCCAGAGAAAUGAGUGUUCAGGAACUAGAAAGGACGCUGAGGUGCUCAUCGUGUGUUCUCUAGGGCGCAUGUUUGGAAACCCUCGUGUCUCAGAUCUGUAUGUGGAGGGUACUGUUACGUCCGUGUAACGCCCACACUGUUGUGCUCACUAGGAAAAGGGGGGCGUGAGUGCGAGGCGCUGGGCAGAUCUUUCUCUGUGGUGACUAGAAGCUGUGCCCUGCUCGGCGUGUUGGCUCUGAGCAGGCUGACAGCUAGUAGUGCAUGCUCAGAACCCCAUCUUCUGGGGGGACCCCACUCUUCCUUCUUUGCAAUCUGGUUCUGUAACGACGAUCAGUGGAGAGACCCCGGUUUUAUGUUUGCUCGGCAAAAGUAAGUUUGACCAUCAGGUGGCGGUUGACAGAAUUUCGUCCUAAAACGUAAGAUUCAGAUUCUUUAAAACGUGUUAAACGUUUAUACCAAAGGUCACGCUCCCCAGGUGUCUGUAUGGUGGGUGCACAGAGGGUGAGGUCUGGAGGCCUGGCACUGCGCCGCUAAGGGGACACAGUGACAACAUGGGAUGUAACUGAAAACACAUCAGUCGAGGGUCACCCUAGAGUGUUGUCAGGUAUUUGUUCUUAAUUGUUAUUGUAAUAUAUUUUCAGGUGUUUUGUUUUUCUAAUUUAAUUCUCUCACCCUGUUGUCUGACUGUGAACUGCUAACAGUGUUAAACUUGAUGUAAAUAAAUGAGGCCCUUGAAAGGGGAUUGCUGUCUGCCUGUUGUCUCACAAGGUUUGCCAACUUGUGUUUUAUUUUAAAUAAAGGUUGCAAUAUUUUAUUGGCAAAGUA